AUGAUUCUGUUCGUAGUACUACUCUCUGGAAAAAAAAUCACUCUUACGGUGUUUGGAGAUGACACUGUCUCGAAAGUCAAGCAGAAAAUUCAGGAUAAUGAAGGAAUUCUUAUGAAAUUACAGAAGCUUAUCUACCUAACCAAAGAACUAAAGGAUGAAGAUACGUUGGAUAACCUUGGCUUUCAAAGCGAAGGAACUAUGGUUUUAUUUUCGCGUAUAAAUCUAUCUGUAAAUUUAGUUAAAGGAAAAAAAUUUCCUCUUAUAGUAUUUGAAAAUGACACUGUCGAAAGUGUCAAGCAAAAAAUUCUUGAUCUCGAAGGAAUCCCAGUUGAAGAACAAAUCCUUAAAUCUAAAACCAAAGAAUUAAAUGAUGGUCAAAAAAAGCUGCAUGAAUAUGAUGUCCAGAAUAAUGAAACUAUGUAUUUGGCUUUAAGA